AUGGAUGCCGAUGUCGACUACAUCGACACCGAUGAUGAUGAUGAAGACGAUGCUGGUAUAUUCAGCAUCGCCAAUAACUGCUACAGUGAGGAAGAUGACACCCUUACUGGUGAAGACAAAGUUUUAUCAGUAGUGCACACGAAGUGCACUGCUGUUAACAAGGAUGAAUCAGCAGAGGAAUUUCUGCUGGCUCGCUAA